AGAUUUACACUUGUGCAUAAGCAUUAGAAGAAGGUUAGUGGAGGAUUCUCAUCAUGAUUUGUGCUGGCUCUCUCUCCUCUCUCUCUCUGUGAACCCCACUCAGUCUGAGCUCAGCAGCCCAAUUUCUCAAUCUCUCAUUUAUCAAGUCCCCACUGUCACUGAAUACUCUCUCUUUGUCUGACUCUCUGUCUCCAUUCUAAGCAUUCUUCUUCUUCUUUUUUCUUUUUCUUGUUCUUCUUUUUUCUCCUUCUUCAUGUGAAGAAGAAGAAGUGACUAUUACAAUGUCUGGGUACUCGUUUCUGAACGACCAGCUCUCAAAGCGGACCUCCAUUUUUGGUUUGCACUUGUGGGUUGUUUUGGGAAUUUGUGUAGGAGCAGCCAUUGUUCUGGUUCUCUUCCUCAUAUCACUCUGGUUCACUUCACGGCGCAACAGUAGUUCCUCAAAAGCCAAGACCUUUAAUCAGAAUUCAACCAUCCCGAACGUCUCUAAGGAGAUCCAAGAAAUCCGAAUCGACCACGCUCGGAACCCAGUACCCGACCCGAAUCCCAUCCAGCACCAGAACCACCCCGACCCGGUUGCUGACUCGGAGCCCUUGGCCAGAGCCCAAGCCCUGCUUCUUCAGCCGGAGGAUCAUGAGAGCCCCGCUGGGGGUGGUGGCCGACAAAGAAUUCACAUUGAGAUUGGGAAGGACCAUCGGAUUUCGUACCCGGAGAAGGGAGGGGGGUCCUCGCAUGGAAGUGGUGAGGCUCGUUCUGGGGACCAGGGGCUGAUGGCUGUGCCUGAAGUUUCGCAUUUGGGUUGGGGCCAUUGGUACACUCUCAGAGAGCUUGAGGAUGCUACUAAUGGGUUUGCUGAUGAGAAUGUGAUUGGUGAAGGUGGCUAUGGAAUUGUGUACCGUGGUAUCUUUGAGGAUAAUCAUAUGGUUGCUGUCAAGAAUUUGCUCAAUAACAAGGGACAAGCUGAGAAGGAGUUUAAGGUCGAAGUUGAAGCAAUUGGCCGUGUUCGCCAUAAGAAUUUAGUAAGGUUGCUUGGUUAUUGUGCUGAAGGAGCUCAUAGGAUGCUUGUAUAUGAGUAUGUUGACAAUGGAAAUUUGGAACAAUGGCUUCAUGGAGAUGUUGGGCCUACCAGCCCUCUUACGUGGGAGAUUCGUAUGAAUGUAAUACUUGGGACAGCGAAAGGGUUGACAUACUUGCAUGAGGGGCUUGAGCCCAAGGUCGUUCACCGUGAUAUAAAGUCUAGCAACAUCUUACUUGAUAAGCAGUGGAAUUCAAAAGUAUCUGACUUUGGCUUAGCAAAGCUCCUGGGCUCAGAAAGGAGUUACGUGACAACUCGUGUGAUGGGAACAUUCGGAUAUGUAGCUCCAGAAUAUGCUAGUACUGGUAUGUUGAAUGAAAGAAGUGAUGUUUAUAGUUUCGGAAUUCUCAUAAUGGAGAUAAUUUCUGGGAGAAACCCAGUGGACUAUAGCCGCCCUCAAGGAGAGGUGAACCUAGUUGAGUGGCUUAAAGCAAUGGUUACAAAUCGAACUGCCGAGGGAGUUUUGGAUCCUAGGUUACCAGAGAUACCUUCUUCAAGGGCACUGAAGCGUGCUCUUUUGGUUGCCUUGCGUUGCGUGGACCCGAAUGCUCAAAAGAGGCCAAAAAUGGGGCAUGUGGUACAUAUGCUUGAAGCCGAUGAGUUCCCUUUCCGAGAUGACCGCAGGGCUGGAAGAGAAUAUGGACGGUCACCACGUGAUGCUUCAAGGAUGGACAAGCGCGUGAUUGAAUCAGGUGAUAGUAGUGGGUAUGAGAGUGGUGCCCAAACUAACCAGUCAUUAUGGAGAAAGCGAGAAUUGGAAGAAGAGCAUUAGCCUCACCAGUCACCAGUUUCACGAGUAAGGUGAAUUGACUCACCUUGUUUUGCCCCUAUGCUUCUGUCUAGGGAUAGGUUAAAUUAUGUAGCUGUUAAUUACUUCCCCUGUAUAGCCAUUCAUGUCAAUAUGAGCUUGCACUUCGGUGGAUUCUCUAGCAUUUCGUUCCUUUUCUCUCAAUGUAAUUGAAAUAAACCAGAUUAGUGUUUUUCACUCCACCGGCUCUUCUAUGGUAAUUUGGUCCUAAGGGAAUUUUCAUAAAUAGUAAUUCUCGAAUCAUCGCAA